AUGUUAAAAAUUUAUUAAUUCAUAGUAAAGUUCUUUUUGCAUCCAGAAGAAGUGUCAAAUGAAUUGGAGCCAAAAAAAAUAAUGAAUUUGUGGACAUUAUCAUUUAGGAAUUUAGAUAUUGAAGAGAAAUACACAAAUAAGGAGAAAAAAAGAAUAAUUGUGCUUUUUAGACUCUCUUACUUGAUACAUUUCUUCAUAAAUUUUAUCUACUUUAUUAAUAAUCAGUUUGUAUUGAAAAAUUAAGUUGUAGCAUAUUUAAGAAUAGGAUUUAGUUUUUGGCAUAUAAUUUGCCUAAUUUCACAAGCCAAUAUACAAAAAAUCCAAUAUAAAUAUUUUAUAUCUAUAUCAGAGAUAGUGAGUGCCUUUAUAACAAUAUUGAUUACAUAUGUUUAUAUAUAAGCUUAAUUGUUAAAUAAGCAAUGUAAUUAAUAAACAACUGCCUAAGCUUUAAGUGGUGGAAUAUAAACAGGAAUUAUAAUAAUUAGUUAUUUAAUAGUAUGUCCAUUGUGGUUUUGUUAAGGAUUAAUUUUGAUAGCAGCAACAAUAUUACUUGUUGGUUUGAUUGGGAUAAUUGAUUCAAUUUAUUGGACAUUUUAUGUAUUACUGAUUAUGUUGUUUAUUUUUUUUCGUUCUUUAGAAUAUUACAAAAGAUUGGAUUUUUAUAAAAUAUGUUAACAAACUUCGAAUUUGAAUGCAUGCAAAAAUAUAUUUGAUAAAACAGUUCCAAAUUCAAUUUUGAUUUUAACAGAAUAAAAUGAUGAUUUAUAAGAUUCUACAAAUACAGGUAAAGAAAUGAAACUGAUAUACACAAAUGAUUUUGCAAUAAAAUAUCUUUAAGUUUCUGAUGAAAAUGAGAUCAUUAAAAAGUUAAAGUGUAUUUAUAUAUAAACUGAAUAAGAAUCUGAAUAAGAAACAUAUAAUAGUUGUGUGAGUAUUUAUGAUAUUCUUUAAAAAAAAUUAAAUCAAGUAGAGGAAUAAUUUUAAUAAACCUAAAGUAAUAGAUCAUCAGUAAUAAAGAAUGAAUAUGAUAUUUCAGAUGUUAGUGAUUACUUUUUAUGUUUUAAAUUGGAUUGUUAAUGUAAAGUAUAAUUAUCUACAAAGCCAUAAGUAAAAAUUAAAUCUCAUUUUGAAAUUCGUAUUUUAAAUUGCAUUUGGGAAAAUAAACAUUCAAUUUUAGUUAUAAUGAAUGAUAUAUCUGAAAAAAUAAGAUUAAAACAUUUAAAAGAAAUGGAUCAUUACAAGGAUAGAUUACUAGCUACAGUAUCUCAUGAUUUAAAAACUCCAUUAAAUGGGAUGAUGAUUGAUAUUGAUAUAAUGUAGCAUAUUUUAUAAUAAAAGUCAUAAAUAACAGUUAACAACAUCGAUUAAUUAUGUAUUCAUUUGGAUGAAUUUCAUUAAUCUGGUUAAUUAUUAUUAUCUAUGAUAAAUGAUUUAUUGGAUUAUAGUUAAAUAAAUAAAGGUUAAUUAAGAUUAAUACCUAAGAAUUUCAAUUUAAAUAAUACAUUUAAAUUUAUAAAUUAAUUGUUGAAUAGGUAAUCGAUAGAAAAAGGAGUGAAACUAAAUUGGUAUAAUACAAUUGAUGAUUAAAACAGUAUAUUAUUAACAGAUGAAACACGUUUAAAGUAGGUUUUGAUAAAUUUGGUAGCGAAUGCUAUUAAAUUUACAAUGCAAGGUGAAAUUUAAAUUAUGGCAAUCUAUCAUCCUGAAUCAGAUUUAAUAGAAUUAUCUGUUUAAGAUACUGGUUAUGGGAUUCCAGAGGAAAUCUAAAAGAAUUUGUUUAAAUUAUAUAGUACUUAUGAUAUUGGUAAAAAUAAUCGACAUGGAGUUGGUUUGGGUUUAACAAUCAGUUAAUAAUUGGUAUCUCUUUUAGGUCCAUCAGAUAAAAUUGAACUUAAAUCUUAAGUUGGGAAAGGAUCGACAUUUAAAUUUAAGAUUUUUAGAAUAUUAAAGUAAUCACUUGAGAAUUCAAUUCAGGAAUAAGACUUAUAUUAAAAGUAAAUUGUUCCUUAAUUUCCUUCUUAUAAAAAUCUUAAUUCUAUUAAAAAGAAAAGAUCUUAAAUUAAAAAGGCUUAAACAUAUUAUAAAUUAGAAACAACACCUGACGAUUCAUUUAAAAUUCUUAUAGUAGAUGAUACUCCAUUUAACAUAAUUGCUUUAAGUGCUAUGUUAAAUUAAGUAAUGAUUAAUUGCAAAUUAUUUAAAGCUUUUAAUGGAAAAUAAGCAUUCGAUUUAUAUUCUAAAGAAUAAAUGAAUAUAAUAUUUAUGGAUGUUAAUAUGCCAGAAAUGGAUGGUUAUUAAUGUACUUCUGAGAUUAGAAAAUUUGAAUAAAUUUAAAAACUAUCUUAAUCAAUUAUUGUUAUUGUUACAGCCUUUUCAGGCUAAGAUGAUAAACUUAGAUCUUAAAAAUGUGGAGCUAAUUAUUAUUUAGAAAAACCUCUAAACAUGGAUGACCUUAAAAAAGUUAUGAAAAAAUUCGGAAUUUUGUGA